UCACCGUCCUCAUCUCAUUCCCCAAGCUUGCAAACAGUGACAGACACUCUGUUUAGUUUUCACUGAUACAGAAGGCAGGAGGUUAGUUUGAAUCUUGUCAGAGGCUUUCCUGCAGGGGAUGCAUCAGACUGCACAUGAAGAUUGAUUUGAUCUUCUGUGAUUUGGGGGCAGCACUGAGGCUGACACUCACCUGUUAAGAAGACUGAUUAGAGGAGAGAUGGGAUCCUUUUCUACUUCAUCCACACCCCUCACGUGGAUCCUUGUCCUGGUCCUCUUGGUGCAGAAGCUCAAUGCAGGUGCAGUAGAGGGCCCAUGUGAAGGUAGAGACUGCACUGAAUGUCGGUGUCUUCCUGCUAAAGGUGCCCGGGGUGCUCCAGGAAAGCCAGGCGGGCAGGGCGGCCGCGGACUAAUGGGACCAAUGGGACGUGAGGGGCAACCUGGAGAGAAAGGCAGGGAAGGAGCACAGGGACCAUAUGGCCUAGCAGGGACCACAGGGCAACGUGGUGAUACUGGUGUUCCUGGUUACCCUGGGAGUGAUGGCUUACCAGGCCACCCUGGAGCUGGUGGUGAGCCCGGUUUAACAGGAUUAGAUGGCUGUAAUGGGACAAGGGGUCGACCAGGAUACAUUGGUGACUCUGGUUUGGAUGGUCUCCAUGGGCCGCCGGGAUUUCCUGGGCCUAAAGGAAUCAAAGGGGAACCUUCGUAUGAUGGCGCCCUUCCAGGACUCCCCGGGGAUCCCGGUAAAGAUGGAAAGCCUGGCCUACCUGGAAGAAAAGGAAGCCGAGGGUCUCAAGGCUUCACAGGCCCUCCUGGCUCUCCUGGGUUUGAGGGCUUGGGAGGACCUAGAGGUGCGAGAGGACCACCAGGUGACCCUGGAGCAUCACUGGCAGGCAAUAAAGGAGAUGAUGGUGAGCAAGGCCCUCCUGGCCCACAAGGACCUGAAGAAGUCAUAGAACUACCUCCUGAAUUUCUUCCACCCGAAGGUUACAAGGGAGAAAAAGGUUAUUCUGGAUCUUGUGGACCAAAGGGCAUGGCGGGUGGUAGAGGAGACUCCUACCGUCAAGAAACUAAAGGAGAGCAAGGAAUUGUUGGUUUUCCUGGAGCUCGGGGUCUUUCAGGAUUUCCAGGACGGGAUGGACCACCUGGACCCGAGGGCUUGGUUGGAGAGAAAGGACUUCCAGGGCUCAUAGGGAGAGUUGGGCCAAAGGGUUACCCUGGAGAUACAGGUCCACCUGGACCCCCUGAGUUUCAGGAUGGAGGGGAUGCCAGAGGUCCCAAAGGUGACCGUGGUUAUCCUGGACUGCCUGGAACUCCAGGUGAUUCCGGGGUAAUGGGCUUACGAGGACCCCCCGGCCCACCAGGGUUAAUAAUACCAGAGGGGAAUGUCCAACCUGGUCCACAAGGACCAACUGGUGAAAAAGGUUAUAAGGGAGAGCCUGGAAGAUACAGCGACUUUGAGAUCAACCCAUAUCCUGGUCCAAAGGGUACUAAAGGAUUCCCUGGACAUAAAGGAGUCACAGGCCCUCCGGGUCCUCCAGGAUGUGGAGAUUACUACUGUGAGCCUGGCACCCCUGGAGAUCCUGGUGACCCCGGACUUAGAGGACCCAAAGGAAAUCCAGGGCCCAAUGGAAUUAAAGGUUGCGAAGGUAACUGCGAGUGUGGCUCAGUAAACCCUGGCCCUCCUGGUCCAACUGGUUACACAGGACCUCCAGGGUUACCUGGGAGCCCAGGACUGAAGGGAGACCCAGGACCAAAGGGCGAUGAGGGUCUAAGAGGACAACAAGGCUUUCAAGGAACACUUGGUUUGCAGGGACUGAAGGGUCAAAAAGGGGACUCUUUUGUGGUUGACUUUAAAGGUACCAAGGGAGACAGAGGAGUCCCUGGAUAUUCUGGUCCUCCUGGUGCGAUGGGUAAGCCAGGGCGUGAUGGCCCACCUGGCCCAGCAGGAGACCAUGGACCACCAGGUACUGGAUAUACUGGACUACGUGGUCCCAGAGGUGAUCCAGGUUUUAUUGGACCCAAAGGCUUACCAGGGUCUUCAGGCCCUGCAGGUCCUGGUUUCCCAGGCCCUAAAGGCCUACCUGGACAUAAAGGAAGUGAGGGAAACCAUGGCCACCCUGGACGACCUGGUCAACCAGGCCCCCCAGGUGAAACUGAUCCAUGCUGUCAUGAAAACGAGGAAGGGUCACCUGGUCAUAAGGGAGAACCAGGUGUACCAGGGCUUCCUGGUGCACCAGGAAGAGACGGUCCGCCUGGAGGUCAGGGACAUUCAGGCCCAAAAGGAAUGAAAGGAGAAGAUGCUAGAACAGGAGGACAUGGACCACCAGGACCUCCAGGCUUGAAUGGGGAUUCAGGUAACCCAGGUCCAGGUGGAAUUAGCCUGAAUGGCCCUCAUGGCCCUCCUGGAUUACCAGGACCACAAGGCAGGAAGGGUGCAUCUGGAGAGGUCUUCUCAGCCAGGCCAGGUGUACCAGGCCCACCUGGCCGCUCUGGAGCAGUGGGGACAAGGGGAUUCCCUGGCCCUCCUGGAACCCCAGGGUUUCCUGGUUCAUUAGGCCAGCCUGGACGCCCAGGCUGUAAAGGAAACCCAGGAGACAAUGGUGACCCUGGAGACACUGGUCAUCCAGGACCACCCUGCACCUUGUGUGAACAGCAUGGACCUCAAGGCCCCCCAGGACUUCCAGGAAACACUGGAUUGAGGGGACCACCAGGCUCCCUUGGUCAUAAGGGUUAUAAGGGAGAUACGGGCCCCCCUGGUCAUGGACAUAAGGGACCACAAGGUUUCCCUGGUCCUCCAGGUUUGCCAGGACCACCUGGAUCAAGAGGGACUACUGGCCACUCAGGAGAUCCUGGGGUAGAUGGCCGACAUGGUCCAAAAGGUGAAAGGGGCUACUUUGGAAGGCCUGGUGCCAGCAGUUUACUAGGUCAUCCUGGACCUCCAGGACCAAGCGGUAUACAGGGAGAGAGAGGUUUUAUUGGCCGCCAAGGUGCCCCAGGAGAUCCUGGACAUCCUGGUUAUAAAGGUUUGCGUGGUCCAACAGGAGAACCAGGACCAAUAAGGAUUGGAAAUAUAAGCAAAGGGCCAUCAGGAUUUUAUGGGAGGAGGGGACAACCAGGACAACAAGGACUUCAAGGCUCAAAGGGCCAAAGGGGGAUUCCAGGUGAUACAGGUCCAAAUGGGUGGCCUGGUCCUGCAGGGUUUAAAGGCAACCCUGGUGUUCCAGGAAGGGGAGGAAGACCAGGACCUCCUGGACCUCCUGGAGUGAAAGGUUUCCCUGGUCAAAGAGGAUAUCUUGGAAAUGACGGAGAUUCGGGUGAUCCAGGGCCUUAUGGACCACCAGGUAUCCCAGGUCUACCGGGGUUUCCAGGGGUCAAAGGUGAGCCAGGACACUCUUACGGACAACCUGGUCUGCCUGGACCUAAAGGAUUGCCAGGGGACAGUGGACCCUGUGUCAGAGGAAGUCCAGGAGAUCCAGGUGACCCGGGAUCACCAGGAAGGUCAGGACAGUCUGGACCACCCGGCUACUCAGGGGAUCCAGGAAGAGAAGGAGGACCAGGCUUUCCUGGGCCAGGCGGCCCAACAGGUCGUCCAGGUAUUCCAGGUGUUCCUGGACAUAGUGGAGGUCUAGGACCACUAGGCCCACCAGGCCCACCUGGGCCUCAAGGGCCCCAUGGACCACCAGGUCUCAAUGGACUGGAUGGUCUAAGAGGACCAAAAGGAAUGAAAGGAGCAAGUGGCAUAGGUAUCCCUGGCCCUCCAGGACCACAGGGAUAUACAGGCAUCAAAGGUGUGAGGGGCUUCCCAGGACCUCCAGGAACCACUUAUAAUGGCCCCAAAGGCCAGAAGGGCCCACCUGGCAGUACCGGUCUUCCAGGUCCUCCAGGUGAAACUGGUUACCCUGGCAUAGAAUGCCGUACACCUUCACCAGGACCUCAGGGAGAUGCAGGAUAUGAAGGACCUCCAGGACCUCCAGGUCCUCCAGGGAACCCAGGGCCUCCAGGGAGCAGCAUUCCCUCCAAAGGAGACCAAGGCCCAAUUGGUCUUCCUGGGUUACCUGGUUGGAGGGGAAGCACAGGAUCCACAGGACCUCCUGGAUCUCAGGGCUACCGAGGCCCUUUAGGGCCUAAAGGUGGUAACGGUCCUGUUGGUCCCGGGGGUCGCCUAGGACCCAAAGGUCAGAGAGGGGACCAGGGGCCUUGGGGUCCCAAAGGAGUAAGAGGCUCACCUGGUGACAGAGGUGUCAGGGGUCCUCCUGGUGAUGUCAUUAACAAACCCAUUGUAGGAAUUCCUGCUGGAUCCCCAGGACCACGUGGUCUGCCAGGAUCUCAAGGAUCUCCUGGUUAUGGUGGUCCUCCAGGUGCUCCAGGACGUAAAGGGCAGAAGGGUCCUAUGGGGUCUCAGGGCCUCACUGGUACUACAGGACCUCCUGGUCGUACUGGUCCUCUUGGAGACCAAGGAGAUGCUGGCCAGCAAGGAUUUCCAGGACCUCAAGGUACCUCAGGUCCACCAGGUAACAGAGGUGAGCCAGGCCAUAGGGGCACCUUGAGGUCAGGCUUCCUUUUGGUGAUUCACAGCCAGUCCAUUCAGGUGCCUGGGUGCCCUGAAGGUAGCAGUGCCCUCUGGGAGGGCUACAGUCUAGUCUACUUGGAGGGACAGGAGAAAGCUCACACUCAAGACAUGGGCCAGGCUGGCUCCUGCCUCCCCAUGUUCUCCACCAUGCCUUUCUCCUAUUGUAACAAAGCAGCCUGCCACUACUCCAGCCGCAACGACAAAUCCUAUUGGCUUUCCACCACUGCCUCUAUACCCAUGAUGCCACUGUUUGGCAAGGAGAUUAGAUCCCACAUCAGCCGCUGUGUGGUGUGUGAGACAGCAUCACCUGCAGUGGCUUUUCACAGCCAGGAUAACACCGUCCCUGCAUGCCCACAUGGCUGGAGAGGUCUGUGGACAGGAUACUCAUUCCUACUGCACACAGGGGCAGGCGACGAGGGUGGGGGCCAGUCUCUGACUUCUACAGGUAGCUGCCUGAAGGAUUUCCGGGCUCAUCCUUUAAUAGAGUGCCAGGGUGCACGCGGUUCCUGCCACUACUUUGCUAAUCUGUACAGUUUUUGGCUGACUACUGUAAGUCCCACAGAGCAGUUUGUCACUCAGUUGCCUGGGACCAUCAAGGCAGCUGACCAGCAGCGACGCAAGGCAAGUCAGUGUCAUGUCUGCCUCAGAGGGGUGUAAAGAGCCUGCUUUUGCUUUUUGUUAAUACUUAAAUGAUUCAUUUUAAACAUUCAAGCUAUUUUUGUGUAAAACUAUUUAAUUCUGAUUCCUCGUCAUGGGUGCAGAUGAAGUCCAAACAGUGAAAAAAUUGGCUUUCAAUAUAUAAAAAAAAUCUGCUUUGGUGUUUUUCUGUCAUUAUUUCCAAUGAUGUGAUACUUCUACCUUUGUAAAUGUUUAAUACAAGAUCAACCAGUAGCUGUAUUUUUUUCCUCUUUCAUUAAAAUGUUUAAAACUUUCAA